UUGAAAACUUAAGGGCACAAGUGCAAAGUUGUUGAAUUUUGAAGCUUUUAAUAAAUCCAAAAUUUAUAAUCUGGAGAGAACCUAUCUCUGAGGUCCAAACUCUUGGGUGGAGGAGAACUAUUGAAACGGAAAUGAGAUCCCCUAGAACCUUGGAGGUUUGGAAACUAGGCACUGUCAACUAUUUGAAAUCCCUUAAACUGCAAGAGAAAUUAGUUUCAGAGAGAAAAGCUCAUCAUAUUCCAGAUACCCUCCUCUCACUUCAGCAUCCACCAACUUAUACGCUUGGAAAACGUAGAACCGAUCACAAUCUACUGAUCCCUGAAUCUGAACUUACAAAAAUUGGAGCUGAACUUCAUUAUACACAAAGAGGAGGAGACAUCACCUUCCAUGGCCCUCAUCAAGCCAUCUUAUAUCCCAUCAUUUCCUUACGCAGCAUCGGUUUUGGUGCUAGGAACUAUGUGGAGACAUUGGAGAGGUCAAUGAUCGAAUUUGCUUCGAUUUAUGGCGUGAAAGCUCGUGCAGGAAACAAAUGUGAGACUGGGGUUUGGGUUGGGGAUAGGAAGAUCGGUGCUAUUGGGGUUCGGAUAUCUUCUGGAAUAACUAGUCAUGGUUUGGCCUUUAAUAUAGAUCCUGAUUUGAAGUACUUUGAGCACAUUGUGCCUUGUGGGAUUGCUGAUAAAGAAGUUACAUCUUUGCGAAGAGAGACGGAUACUCUGCUUCCUUCGGAAGAAGUGAUUCAUGAACAGUUGGUUUCUUGUUUAGCCAAAGCUUUUUCUUAUGAUGAUGUUGUGUGGAAGGAAGAUCCUUCAGUCAUUUUGGACACCCAAGCUGAAGAAUAAUCCGGUUUUAUCCGGUUCUUAUCUACCAAAAAUGUUAUUAUAUUUUCACGUGCUAUAGAUUCAAAUUUUAUUGUCUUAUUCA